GUCAUACACAGCAAACCAGUGACCAAGAACCAACCAAAACAAAAACAAGAUGUCCAACAACAGAUUAUCACCCACCGCACUCAGACUGAUCGAGAAGCAACACGAACUCGAGGCGCUCGUCCAACUCAACCAACUCUCUCAUGGGAUGUCCGUCCAACUAGAACAACUCAGUAACCAGUUCGCGCAGGGGGCUGAUGGCGCAUUGAUCACCGAAUCCGUCAUCCAACGCUGGCAAAACGUCUUCCGAGCAGCCCAUCUAGCAAUCGCUACUCGGGCUAAUGCCAUCAAUAACGCCGCGCAGAAUCCAGUGGAUAUGCUCGUCCGAAUCCCCGUCGGAUCGGCCCAAGAAGACGAUUCUGCAUAGUCGAACCCCCUCUCUAAAAAAGAUCCUGUCAUUUAAGACCCUCCAAUAUUAUUUGUCAUUUUCUAUCCUUUUUUUAAUGAGCACAAGAAGCCUUUGUCCUUUGUACUGCAAGACGACAUAUGUAUGGAUUAUUGAAAUAUAAACCGGUUGGCGUCUCAUUUUCGAGAGAUUGAGCAUGUUGAUAUUCUGAUAUGCG